AUGAGCCCACCGUCGGGAAAUAACCACCACUACAAACCAAUAGAGAACUAUGGUGUGAUAGGGAAUAUGCACACCGUUGCGCUUGUUUCUCGCCAUGGCGCUUCUAUUGAUUUUUUUUGCUAUCCGGAUUUUGAUUCGCCGACUGUGUUUGCACGCCUUUUGGACCAUGCAAAGGGCGGUUUUUUUGAGAUUCUGCCCUCAGAUUGCGCUGUGUUUCAUCCGCGCCUUCAAUCAAUAUACGGAUGCACCCCAAGGACCGGACAAAAAAUACGCACAAAGCAGCUCUAUUUGCCAUCUUCAAAUAUCCUCGUCACGCGGUUUUCAGGUAAAGAAGGUAUUUCGCAAGUGACCGAUUUAAUGCCUGUCAAGGAGAGUGGAGCGGCUUCGCAUCCAUGGAUAAUUAGAAAGUUGGAGUGCAUUCGAGGCCCUGUCUCCAUAGACGUCAGGAUAUGUCCUGCCUUCGACUAUGCGCGAUCUGGACAUACGCUAUAUCGCUGUGAUCUGCACAAUAGAAUAUUGUUUGAAAGCCGCUUUAUGACAAUGGAGCUAUGCUGGGUCCUUCAGAGGCCUUCUGAUCAUGAAGGGAGCAUAUGCAGAUCUCACAUUCAGCACGGAGGGCGACUCGAUUGUUCUUGCUCUUCGCCUACUGCAUUUUCGAUCUGGAAAGUUGAGGAUAAAGAUAAGCGGAGGCCUGGGUCCAUGGCUACUUUUACCCUUGUUGAGGGCCAAUCCAUGCUGUUUGUCCUACGUGACAUUAGCAAUCCCACUGAGCGUGCAAAAGUAGAUUCUCCAUCGUACACGUACCUCUUGGACCUUAUUGGCGGGACACUUUCCUUUUGGCAUUCAUGGAUUGCAGGUUGCACAUACAAGGGCCGUUGGCGGGAGAUCGUGCACCGCUCUGCUUUGCUUUUGAAGUUGCUUACAUACGCACCUACAGGCGCCAUCAUUGCCGCUCCAACAUUUGGGCUGCCAGAAGAAAUUGGUGGCCUCCUGAAUUGGGAUUAUCGAUUCACUUGGAUUAGAGAUGCAGCUUUCACUGUAUACGCCUUUCUCCGCAUCGGUUUCAAAGAAGAGGCGGUUCAAUUUAUGGAAUUCAUCGCUAGACGUUGCAUGGAAAUCGGGACAUCAGAAGGUUCCUCAUCACUGCAAGUUUUGUAUGAUAUUCGUGGCAAGUCGCCUUCGGCGAUGAUCUGCUCAUAUCGAGCGCGUUCACAUUGGUAUCCGGAGCAAGUGAAUCCCGAUUUGGAAAAUAAGACUCCCCCCCCUCUCAUGCGCUCUUAUUCUCCAAAAGAAAAUUCACCAAGUUCUGUAGAAUUUUCUGCGACACUGCGUGCACUCUACUUGGAAGAUAACGAAUGUGAAAUCAUACUCCCUCAUUUGGAUGGGUAUUGCGGCAGCAAACCCAUACGAAUCGGAAAUGCUGCUUAUAACCAGACGCAGACAGACGUUUACGGGGAACUUAUGGAUGCCAUCUACUUGGUUGAUAAGUGGGCACGUCCCCUCUCCUAUGAUUACUGGAACGUUAUUAGACGCACUCUGAUACCGCAGGUGUUGGCCACAUGGCAUUUGCCGGAUCAUGGCAUCUGGGAGCUCCGGCACGGUCAACGUCAUUACACAUAUUCCAAGGUGAUGUCAUGGGUCGCCCUGGAUCGCGCAAUUCGCCUUGCUGCAAAGCGGUCAUUUCCAUCAGAAGCAGAGAGCCUCUGGCGCCCUGCUCGCGAUGCUCUCUUCGAGGAGGUGAUGGAGCGCAGUUGGAGCAAGGAGCGUCAGGCUUUCGUUCAAUACUACGGUUCUAACGAUCUGGAUGCUUCCUCAUUAGUGAUGCCACUUGUAUUCUUUCUCUCCCCCCUCGAUCCCAAGUUUCUUUCUACUCUCAGAGAGACCCUAAAGCCUACGCGCAUGGGUGGCCUAACGGCGAACAAUCUGUGUUUUCGGUGGUCUUUUUUGGAAUCUUCAUCUCCAGUGAGAUUGCCUCAAACUUUGGUCCCUUUAGCUUCAGAUGAUAAUGCUGCCGCAAAUGUAGACUCCAUUGUUCCCGUUGUUGAUAGCAUUGUUCCCGUUGUUGAUAGCAUUGUUCCCGUUGUUGAUAGCAUUGUUCCCGUUGUUGAUAGCAUUGUUCCCGUUGUUGAUAGCAUUGUUCCCGUUGUUGACAGUACGGCUCCUGUAUUGCUUGAAAAUACGAUUGACGCGGCAAUGAUCUUGAAGAACGAGGGCACCUUUAAUCUCUGCUCCUUCUGGCUGGUAGAGGCAAUGGCCAGGGCGGGUUCAAAGGCAAUGCUCAACGAUAAGCACUUUCUUGAUCUGGCUGUUCUCAAAUUUGAAGAUAUCAUUGGGUAUGCGAAUCACUUGGGGCUUUUUUCAGAGGAAAUUUCGCCCAGCGGCGAAGCGCUUGGAAACUUUCCACAGGCAUUUACUCAUCUGGCCCUAAUCAGCGCUGCGUUUAACAUUGACCGGAACCUUGACGAACAGCACUAA